AUGGUUGUAAACAGUAAUAUAAAUAGCGGUCUCGUGGGCAGGGACAAUUACACUCGUUACUUCCGCAAGAGACCGGAAGAUCGUUUCCGUAUAGUGAAAAAUUUGCCGAGACUGACGCACUUCAUUAAAGAACAGAGUGUUGGUAAGGGGUACAUCAAAGAAUUGUGUUACUCAAGUGACGGGAGGAUUAUCUGUUCACCUUACGGAAAAGGUGUCAGGCUUUUGGCUUUCGACGAACAGUUACAAGAAGUGAGUUAUUGUGUGCCGGAAAAGCCUCGCGAGCUUUUUACCGUUGCUGAAAUAAACGAUUAUCAUCCGGAUGUCGUGGUUUGUUGCAAAUUCAGUCCUAAACACUAUCAGCUGGUUAGCGGGUGCUUGGGAGGCGAAAUUGUAUGGUACCAUCCAAUUCUAUGAGAAAAACAAAAUUUAAAAGGUGAUUGAUAUCGUCUUAUUUAAUUUUUGAAUGCCAUUAUUCUGCGUUCUUGCAAAUAUGUCGAAUUUCUUUUAUCGUGCGUUGUGCAUUUUAUUUAAUUUUUGUUGAUUCUGUGAUUAGGGUGGGAUUGCGUAAUCAAUCAUUUGAUGGAAUGAAUUAAUUUUAAAACUUGUAAAUUAUUAUUAUCUAUGAAAAAGCCAAUACUUUUUCGUACGAUUUUCUUAAAAUAAAUGCCAUCUGAGUUUUA